AUGGACUUCAAAAAGGAGAUUAUCUUGGAGGGGUGUAGAAGGAACAUGACAGGCCGGAAGCGGACCCGCCGUAAUCUGCGAGAGAUGAAGCGGGGCGCGCAAACGCCAAUUAGCUCUUCACAUCACAAAACCAACCGUGUGCAGUAA